AAGGUUUGAGGUUGCUGCCACGCAUGGCAGAAAUGGAGGGAGGCAGUUUACAUGAGAAUGCGGCCGCGGGAAAGGUUCGCCGCAGCCUUCCGGAAGUGGUGCGGGAGCCUCAGCCUCACAGCCCACCGGCCCCCCGGAAGCGGAAACAGUAUCCCAGCGUGCCCCUUCCUCAUUGCCCUCCAAAUCCCGCUGCAGCCAUUGCUGCAGCCACGAUGCCUAAACGAAAGAAGCAGAAUCAGCAGCAGCCACCACCGCAUCAGCAGCAGCCCCCGCUGCCCGAGCGGGAAGAGACUGGAGAUGAGGAGGAUGGGAGUCCCAUCGGACCACCCAGCCUUCUGGGCCCUCCUCCCAUGGCCAAUGGAAAGCCUGGUGACCCCAAGUCAGCCCUUCACAGAGGUCCUCCAGGAUCAAGGGGUCCGAUGAUUCCACCACUGCUGAGUCUCCCACCUCCUCUCCGGGGUAGAGGCCCAAUUCGGGGAGGCCUCGGGCCUAGGUCUGGCCCGUACGGUCGUGGCUGGUGGGGAGUCAGUGCUGAACCUCCUUUUCCGGGUCCAGGCCAUGGGGGUCCCUCCAGGGGAAGCUUUCAUAAAGAGCAGAGAAACCCUCGAAGGCUCAAAAGCUGGUCUCUUAUCAAGAAUACCUGCCCACCCAAGGAUGAUCCCCAGAUUAUGGAAGACAAAUCCGACCGCCCUGUUUGCCGACACUUUGCCAAAAAGGGCCACUGUCGAUAUGAGGACCUCUGUGCCUUCUACCACCCAGGCGUCAAUGGACCUCCUCUGUGAGGCUGUGCCUUCCCAUCCAGGCUGGAAGGAGCCCUCUGUGACCUAGUGGCCAUGUAUUUCCCUGUGGCCCUAUGAUGGCUACUGCAAGGCUCUUCCACCCAACACCCUUAGUGACACACCCACCCUCAUCUACCAUCUCCCCCAUUUGGGGUCCAAAGUUGUGUUUCAUCAAGGUGCGCGGUGUGUGCGUUUUCUUCUGAUCCAGCCUCCAGAGACUCGCCUUCUGGACCCCAUCUUUGCUCCAUUUAACUGCCUCCCAGAUCUCCCUCGCCAAAUGACUGCUAAACAGGAAACCUCUUUGGUGCUGUUUCUUGUGCAUCGUCUACCCAACCCCAGUAUUGCCCUUGAUUCCUGAGAGCCCUGGAGCGGUUUCCAACCAUUCCCUUCUGGCUGCUUGUUUUAAGUCUUUUUUAUGUGACAUCCCCUACCCCCGAUGUUGUCAGCUGCUCGUGAAACUCACCAGGUUUUCUAACCUAGAAUCAAGUGUGGGUGACUGGUACAGAGUUACUCCCUGAAAGGCCACUCUCCUUGCUUUUGGAUUUUGUAGUUUCUCUGUCAGUAGCAUGAUCCCCACCACUAUGGUCUGUGAUCACUGUGCUUUGUGAAACUGUGCAUCCCCUCAUAGCCUUUCUCAGUGUCUGUGGCAUUUUUGUGACUUCCCGACACUAGAAUAAGUUUUUCCGCCAAAAUGAGCAAGGCUCUUGGUGCCCUCUAGACUUUCCCUACUUCCCAACACAGGAGGAUUAUGAAACCUUCCACAAGACUGCCUCCCUGGACCUCCCCAUUCUCCUGGUGUUGGUUAUUUUGGGUCUGACACAGGCCCAUGAGAUGUCUUUUAAAGCCUCUGGUGGGCCUACCCUACUACCUAGCUCCUCCAGCCCAUUUAGUUCAACUAUAUCAUUGUGAGGCCACCAGCCCUUUCAUUUGAAUUCUGUGAAUCUCCACCUGGCCUAUCUUUGGGUGGAACCUGGACAGUACUGUUGCCCUCUUUCAACCCUCUUCCCCUACAUCCCUGGCACUGGUUGUUUUCUGUGAAAACCUCAGUGAACAGGUUCAGUUUUGAACUGGCCCUGAGGAAAUGGGUCAGGAGUUGUGUGGGCAAGAGGGACGGAUGAGAGCCGUUGGAGAACUGAGAAUGAGUUUUUUUUCUUUUUAACUUUUUUUUAUAUUAGUAAUAAACGCAGUGGAAACAA